AGUCAUCUUACUUCCAGCAGGACGAGCGGCCAUACGUAUAGAAGACACGUCUUAUCUGCUGGGAGGUGUGUCAGUGAUCCAGUGCAGUCAUGUGUGACCAAACGUUCGUGGCGGCCACCUUUGGCCCGUGUGAGAGCUGCGACAAGGCCAGUCCCCUCAUGAAUAUUUACAUCAAGACCGAGGCCAUCAACUACUGCUCCUUCUGCGUGGAGAAGAUGGCGUGUCAGGGCCUCCAGGCUGGGGAAAGUCUGGCAUCGCUCAAGAGGGAAAGUGAGAGUUUGAAGAAGAAGUUGGACGAAGAGAGGAACAAGCUGAACGACGUGGAGCUGAACAAGGUGGCAGAGAAGGUGGAGGUGUUGUCUGCUUUGGCCAUAAAGACCAGACGUGUGCUGAAGGGGCACAACAACAAAGUGUUAAAUAUGGACUGGUGCAAAGACAAACGACGCAUUGUCAGCUCCUCACAGGAUGGAAAAGUGAUAGUUUGGGAUGCAUUCACUCUCCAUAAGGAACAUGGCGUGAGCCUGCCGUGCACAUGGGUGAUGGCGUGUGCGUACGCUCCCUCGGGUUGUGCUGUAGCCUGCGGAGGACUGGACAACAGGUGUUCAGUGUUCCCACUUUCUAUGGACCCCAACGAGAACCUGGCAGCGAAGAGGAAGGCUGUGGCCAUGCACACCAACUACGUGUCAGGGUGCACCUUCACCAACUCUGACAUGCAGCUCCUGACCAGCAGUGGAGACGGGACGUGCGCUCUGUGGGACGUGGAGAGUGGACAGCUGCUGCAGAGCUUCCACGGCCACACUGCUGACGUCUUGUCUCUGGACCUCGCCCCCUCUGAGACCGGCAACACUUUUGUCUCUGGGGGCUGUGAUAAGAAGGCCAAUGUGUGGGACAUGCGCUCAGGUCAGAACAUCCAGUCCUUUGAGAGCCACCAGUCUGACAUCAACUGUGUCAAGUACUACCCCAGUGGUGAUGCAUUCGCUUCUGCUUCUGACGACGGCACAUGUCGCUUCUACGAUUUACGCGCUGACCGUGAAGUGGCUGUCUACGAAAAAGACAGCGUGAUCUUCGGAGCCUCCAGCGUGGACUUCUCUCUGAGCGGCCGCCUGCUCUUCGCGGGCUACAACGACUACACCAUAAAUGUGUGGGACGUUUUAAAGGGAAGUCGCAUUGCCGCUCUCUUUGGACACGAGAACCGCAUCAGCCGGGUCCGAGUGUCACCUGAUGGCACGGCGCUCUGCUCGGCCUCCUGGGACAACACCUUACGGGUAUGGGCGUAGACUCUGCAGUAUUUCAACCAACUUUUUGAAGCAAUAGAAACUGAAUGAAUGAAUGAAUGAAUGAAUGAAUGAAUGAAUGACUAUUUAUGAAGCCAAUGAUAAAGAGGUUGAAAUAUACUUUGUACAAGCGUUGUAGUACAGAUCAAUGACGUAAUUGUUAUGUCUGUACAUGAUAUGUGUACAUAUAUGUGAUUAGUAUCUCUUAGAUUGGGGGUUUCCCAAAUUAUUUUUUCUCAAACCACAACAUUUUAAAUGUUGUUCCCCCCUGGGAUCGUACUGUAACUUACUCAAAUAAAUCAUAUCAUGACAUAUACUGUAUAUAUAAACUGAUGAUCAAUCAAGCUUGGACAUGCUAUUUAUGCUUGAGCAGCAAUAAUACAACAUGUAAAUAAAUUCCAUAAAACCCAUUUAUGGUCUAAGUCA